AUGUUGACAAUUGGGAAGCGAGGGGAUUCACAAACCCCAAACAAUCACGUUUGACUGGUUACCUGACGCUGACGCAACUUGAAAAUGUAUGCAAAUUUAGUGAACACGGUUGCCCAUUGGCUGAAGCAGAAACUUGACCUACGCUACAGGCAAGGCACAAACAUUCAGAUCAACACGGAACUAAAACUGUGCCAACUAACUUCUUCCUUCAAGUUUCUGGAUUCUAAGGCUGUUGUACGGGUGUGCAGUGUAGAAUUUCAACAAUGUAUCUAAUUUAUAUGGGCCUGGUACUUCUUGCCAUGGAGUGCACGGGACAACCAACAUUUGAUUGCCGGAGCCCGGAAGAGAAAUGUAUCUGCAAUCCGGUGGUGAACGUUGCAGGCCAGUCUUGUAACUUUGACGGGCUCGCGGACAUCCAGGCGAUGCUGAUCGCUCAACAGGUACAGAUCGCACGACUUCAGAACGACUCGGACACAUCUGAGAUCAGUCGCCUGUCUCAUCUAUUGGCCGAACAGAAGAACAUCACAGACAUUCUGAAGGAGAGAGUUGCUCAGCUUGAGGAGAGAAUCAGGGACACAGCAAGCAUGGAAACCACGUCUUCCCUCAUCACAGAAUCUCAGCCCACAGACUCGUCCGGCACUUGCCCAGUUGGCUACCAGCGGUUCCAGAGGACCUGUUAUCGCUUCUCCACUGAUCAGAAACCGUACAGCGAGGCACGGGCCAUUUGUCAUGGAGAUGGCGGUCACCUAGCAACAGUGAAGAAUAAUGAGACACACGACUUCCUGACCAAUCACGUGAGAGCUACAACUAGAGACCACACCUGGAUCGGGCUGAGUGAUCAGGUGACAGAGGGGCUGUGGGUUUGGGAUGAUGGUACUUCACUGGUUGGUGAUGGGAUCUGGGGUACAGGCGAACCAAACGGUAGCACAGGGGAAAACUGUGCUCAGAUCUACCCUGGACACCAUAACUACCGCUGGAAUGAUAGUACAUGCCCAAGCUCUUACUACUACAUCUGUGAAGUCCUUGCUUAGACAGAUGCUUGUAAGAAGGGGUCCAGGUGACUUAAGGGGAAGACCAAUGUCUUGAUGUAACUACGUUUAUGCUUAGUCUUAUGUACCCAUGUAUUCCAGUAAACACCACAAAUAGACUUAAUCAGCCUCUAUUUAAACUAAAGAACUGUUAACAGUAUGAUGUGUUUUUAACAUGUAAAGAUGUGCUUCACCAAAAUGGUAACUCUCUCUCUCUAAUCAGAGGUGUGUACAUGUAUCUUAUAAGGCACAGAGGUAGUACUUUAUAAAGCAGCAAUUACAAGCUAAGUUUGAGUCAGUUUCUUCAUAGAUAGUGUAUCACACAAGCUCUGCAUUGAAACUUUUCCUUUAACCUUAACAAUAAUUUGAGACCAAUACACAGAAGAGUGUGAAAAUAUGCUGUAUUGUAAACAGUUUCAUGACCAUUUAACCUUCUCUAUGUUGAAAACCCCAUAACCAAUACAAAAUGUAAU